CGUCAAUCCGCUUCAUUCUUCCAGUCUUCCGCCCCCGCCUUCCUCAGCCUGCCUCUGAUAGGUUUUGGUGGUUGUCACUUCAGAAAGAUCCGCAUUCCUUCCGCCUUUCUCCAGGAGACCGAGGGCAAAGAGGGCGGAUCCCAGGAGACACCCACCCCCGGAGUUCUAGUUCUGCCUCUAAUUGGUUGGACUGGCUGUCGGUCGGUAUUGCUUCUGCUGCUGAUUGGUCAACAGACCGCCGCUCUGCGCGGCGCCGGCUCCGCCCCCGUCGGGUGUUUGUGGUGGGGCUGCGGAGUCGCCGAUCCCGCCGGAAGCGCUAGGACAAUGGGGACCCGGGACGACGAGUACGACUACCUAUUCAAAGUGGUGCUCAUCGGGGACUCUGGCGUGGGCAAGAGCAACCUGCUGUCGCGCUUCACCCGCAACGAGUUCAACCUGGAGAGCAAGAGCACCAUCGGCGUGGAGUUCGCCACCCGCAGCAUCCAGGUGGAUGGCAAGACCAUCAAGGCGCAGAUCUGGGACACGGCUGGCCAGGAGCGCUACCGCGCCAUCACCUCCGCGUACUACCGCGGCGCGGUGGGCGCGCUGCUAGUGUACGACAUCGCCAAGCACCUGACCUACGAGAACGUGGAGCGCUGGCUGAAGGAGCUCCGGGACCAUGCGGACAGCAACAUCGUCAUCAUGCUGGUGGGCAACAAGAGCGACCUGCGCCACCUGCGGGCCGUGCCCACCGACGAGGCCCGCGCCUUCGCAGAAAAGAACAACCUGUCCUUCAUUGAGACCUCAGCCUUGGAUUCCACCAACGUAGAGGAAGCGUUCAAGAACAUCCUCACAGAAAUCUACCGCAUCGUGUCACAGAAGCAGAUCGCCGACCGCGCGGCCCACGACGAGUCCCCUGGCAACAACGUGGUGGACAUCAGCGUGCCCCCCACCACCGACGGACAGAAACCCAACAAGCUGCAGUGCUGCCAGAACCUGUGACGCCCCGCGGCCCGCGCGCGUGCACGCCCCUCCUCGCCUGCGCCCCACGGCCCUCCCGGCUCCAGCGGCCCCGCACGCAGCGCCCCCAGUCUUGUCGCCCCGUCUGGUCAGGAACCUGUUCGCAAGUGAAGCAAUAUCUCCGUGUUUUGUAUAUACAACCGCUCUUGUAGCCUUUGGUUUUUGUUAUUGUAGAGAAACACAGAUUCUUUAUACACUUUGUAAGAUGACGCGAACCCCAGCUCUCGAUCUCUCAUUCUCCCUGUGGCCCCUGCACUGUUGCCCGUUACUAAAGUGUAUCAGCGGCUUCCUGUACGGAACCUG